CAAUUUCUCCAUCCCCACACACUGCUCUCUCCUAUUACUUCUACUUACCCCCUCUAAGCAAGAGAAGCAAAUAAGGUUUGAGAGAUGGCUUCAAAAAGAACAGCAUCACUUGCUCUCUUUUUUGCACUUAACAUCCUCUUCUUUUCCCUAGUCAGUGCUUGUGGUUACUGCCCUUCCCCCAUCCCAAGACCAAAGCCCACUCCCUCUCCGUCUCCAUCUGGAGGAGGCAAGUGCCCCAGGGAUGCCCUUAAAUUAGGUGUAUGUGCUGAUCUGCUUGGUGGUUUGCUCAAUGUCACCCUCGGUAAACCUCCCGUGCAGCCAUGCUGCUCCUUAAUCCAGGGCCUUGCUGAUCUUGAGGCCGCCGUUUGCCUUUGCACAGCUAUCAAAGCUAACAUUUUGGGCAUCAACCUUAACAUCCCAAUUUCCCUCAGCUUGCUUCUCAACGUCUGCUCAAAGAAUGUUCCUUCUGGCUUCCAAUGCUCCUGAUCACUACUAGUUUUUCUAAAUUUUUUCUCUUCAAUUCUGGUGUUGCAUUUGGCUUGAAGUUCUAAUGUCCAUUAUGUGAUGAGUGUUUUGCAUGUUGUAAUUGGUAACUGGUUGUUUCCCUUUGUUGUAGUGUUGUUUGGUAUUGUGGAUUGAUUCUGAAUAAUUGUAAUAGUUUUCUUCAGGUGUUUUCUUUGGCUUUAUGUAUCUUUAAGGGAAAUAAAAGAUUAGUAUUAUUCAGCUUGUUUUUUUGAAUAAA